AUGCCGAUGGACGCCUUCGAGCUGUUCAAUCUGACGGUUCACGCUACGCCGGCAGAAGUGAAGCUCGCGUACAAACGCUUGGCGCUGAAGCUGCAUCCGGACAAGGGCGGCGACAAGAGCGCGUUCCAGGAGCUCGAGGAGGCAAACGCGACGCUCAACGACCCUGCCAAGCGCCAGGCUCAUUGCGAGUCGCUUCGGCCCGUGCCCGCGGGCAGCGCGGUGCGCCUUGUCAACCUGGAAGGUCAGCCCGAGCUCAACGGGCGCGAAGGCCGCGCGCUCGAGCGGGGCGGGCUGCGGCAGGCAGUGGCGUUGCCCGACCGCGUGGUGUCGGUCAAGCGCAACAGGGUCACUGAGAUCCCGCGCGGUGGCGGCGCGCGGAUGUGGUCGACGCAGGGUUCUGCGUCCGCGCCCGAUUCGGCGACCGCCGCGCGCGCGCCCGCGCAGCCUGGCUGGGGGUCGGGUCAUGGCGGCGAUUGGGAGGACGAGUCCACGGCCCAGCACGGGGGGGAGAUGCGCGCCUGGCCUGGCGGCGGCAUGUGGCCCUGGUGCUUGGCCUGCUCCAAGUGGGCCGACAACGGCCAUCGGCAAUCCAAGAACCACAAGCGGUACAUGGCCUGGUGGCUGAACAGCGGCGGCGACGCAGCGGCUUCGCAGCAGGGUCCGCCGCGAGAUGAUCACCUGCGCGCGGUGCCGCUUCCGCCACUUCCAGUGCGUCCUUGGACAGAUUUCGAGCGCGGGCAAGCGGACGCCCUCAUCGCGGAUCCGACCGCGGCUAUGUCCAUUGCCAGCGGCGGCGGGUCCAUCUACGACGUGUGGAACAACGGGGAUGGUGAUCUAUUGUGCGGCUUCAGUGAUUGGGGUGUGCCUCAGCUUCUCUCGGAAUCCCGCAUUGUCCAGUUAGCGAUGAUGCGUUUCACGUCGCCGCAUCUCGCUGCCCUGGGCCAAAGCGCCCAGACGAACGUGAAGUCGUGCAUGGAAGAUAUCAUUCUCACGCACGAUUGGGCCGUUGCCUGGUCAGCGGGCAGAUGGGGGCCGUUUUACGUGAAGACCGCUGGGGACAUGCUCCAGUCACAGUGGGUGCAGCGCCAUCUCCUCGACAGCCGAUUUCACUUUGGAUGCAACGAGUGCCAGGCUACGUGCGCGCUGUGGCAGUGGGCGCCGCGCUGUCUCAUCGGCGUGGACUUGCCGUGGGGCGAGCACGCGCUCGCCGACUUCUGCGAGUGUGUGACCCUCUAUCUCCCGCGCGCCCUCGCUCACCGCUACUUGUGUGUGCUAGCAAACUACCGCAAGCACGCGCGCGGCGGGCGGGGCGCGCCGCGCUGCCAGUUCGCUGCGAGCGUGCCACGCCACAAGGGGUUCAGGUGCGCCUGCCCGUUCCUGGCCAGGGUCAUCGGUCAGAGCCGCGCCAUGGCGUCUGGGCGCGUCUUCCCUGCGCCUAAGCGGGACAAGGCGCGCGCUGUCCUGAAGACGGGGAAGCCCAAGCGGAAAGCCCCGAAGCACACGGGAAAGACAAUGGCGAAAAAGCCGGCGCCAAGCCAGAGUGCGAGGAAGGUGCCCUGCGUACGGCACGGCAAGAGAACUUGCACGUCCAGGCCGGGGCGCGUUGGUUUCAAGAGGAACGCGUUCGACUUCAUACGCGCCAGUGACCGCGAGAUCGUCGACAUGUUGCUCGAGGACCAGGUCUUGGAGAACUUGGAAGGCCAGACGUGCUCUUUCUGCGCGGAAGGAACCCUCGGCCCCCUGAAGGACGUCCAGGGCCGUGGACCUCGGCACCGCUGCAACCACAAGGGCUGCCAGAAGUUCUCCUUGCCCCAGAGCGGGCACGUGGUCUUCAGCAGCGGCUCUGGCACUGCCGCGGUGCCCUUGCAGGAACAGUCCGCCGUGCUCUUCGCUGUCGUGAACGACGCCCCUCUUGCCAAGAUCCAUGCGCUCACGGGCAGGAACCACAAGGCGAUCGAGAGCAUGAGCAAGUUCAAUGACGCGUGCCGAAAGAGCGACGUGCAGCAGCAGGAGAAACUGAUCACUUUCGGAGGAAAGGGGCGGACGUGGAAAGAUGUCGAGGCUGAUGAGGUCGACCUCAGGGGCGAUCUACUUCCCGACCACGCGGAGCGAGCUGAGAACGAGCGGGUCCAGUGGGAGCAGUGGGGCGGUGUCAUCGAAAGAGGCAACCGCAAGACAUUGGUUCCGACCCGCCUCAAGCCAAGUCUCACCAAGCAGAGGGCGCCAGGCCCAGGCGCGAUACGCUUGCCUGAUUGGACGCCGCUCGCGCACAAGAACUUGAGCAACAGGAACGGUGUGCUCCACACGGACGGGGCAAAAACGUACCAGGUCAAGGUCGAAGGGAUGCCCCACGACCACGUCGUGCACCAGAGGAGGCGGCUAAUGAAGAAUGGCAAGCCCGCGAAGAAGGACGGCCGCCAGGUGUGGGUGAAACCCACGCACGCUAAGAAGUUUCAACAUAAACUUCCUGGCGGACGAGUCCUCAAGUGCAAGGGCGGGGCCCAGAUCAUCGACAGGUUCUGGCAGCACUUGCGCGGCUUCAUCAAGACCAGGAAGAGUUCCGUGGGCUCGGUGUCAUUGAACGCCAGAGUCCGAUCGGCCCAGUGGGCGUACUGGCACGCCAACGAGGACCUGUGGCUGGAGACUGGCAAUAUGUUCGGCCGCUUGAGGGGGGAUGGCAUCGCGUAG